GGAAGUGCUCGCGGGAUUGUCCUCUCGCAGCCGCUCAGACCGCUGCGACGACCAAGAAUGGCCGCUGCCGCAGCAGGAAUAAACAAGCAGGGCGCCGUAGCGACGAUGGAGCCGUGUAUCCGACACGGCAGGGGACCUCACGGAAGCACUGUGAAGGUGCUGGAGUGUGGUGUGUGUGAGGACGUCUUCUCUCUCCAGGGGGACAAGGUCCCCCGCCUCCUGCUCUGUGGUCACACCGUGUGCCACGACUGUCUGACCCGGCUGCCCCUCCACGGCCGAGCGGUGCGCUGCCCCUUCGACAGACAGGUCACCGAGCUGGGGGAUUCUGGAGUUUGGGGUCUGAAGAAGAACUUCGCUCUGCUCGAGCUGCUGGAGCGACUCCAGAACGGAGCGACCAACCAGCCGGGGAUGGCGGAGGGGUCCCUGAAGGGCAUGGGAGAAUGUAUAAUCCGGUGUGACGAGGACGAGAGCCACACGGCCUCCAUGUACUGCACCGUGUGCGCCACCCACCUGUGUGCCGAGUGCUCCCAGCUCACCCACUCCACCCGCACGCUGGCCAAGCACCGCCGCGUGCCGCUGGCCGACAAGCCGCACGAGAAGACGCUGUGCUCGCAGCACCAGGUCCACGCCAUCGAGUUCGUCUGCCUGGAGGAGGUGUGCCAGUCGGGCCCCCUCAUGUGCUGCGUGUGCAAGGAGUACGGCAAGCACCAGGGUCACAAGCACGCCGUCCUGGAGACGGAGGCGAAUCAGAUCCGCGCCUCCAUCCUGGACAUGGCCCACUGCAUCCGCACCUUCACGGACGAAGUGUCCGAGUACUCCAGGAAGCUGGUGGGCAUCGUGCAGCAGAUAGAAGGCGGAGAGCAGAUCGUGGAGGACGGCGUCGGCAUGGCGCACACGGAGCACGUCCCCGGCACGGCGGAGAGCGCCCGGUCCUGCGUGCGGGCGUACUUUGCGGAUCUCCACGAGACGCUGUGCCGGCAGGAGGAGAUGGCGCUGAGCGUGGUGGACGCGCACGUCCGCGAGCGUCUCAUCUGGCUGAGGCAGCAGCAGGAGGACAUGACCAUCCUGCUGUCGCAGGUCUCCACCGCCUGCAUGCACUGCGAGAAGACCCUGCAGCAGGACGACUGCAGGGUGGUGUUGGCCAAGCAGGAGAUCAACUGUCUGCUGGAGACGCUGCAGAAGCAGCAGCAUCAGUUCACGGAGCUGGCGGAUCACAUCCAGCUGGACGCCGGCAUCCCCGUCACCUUCACCAAAGACAACCGGGUCCACAUCGGGCCGAAGAUGGAGAUCCGCGUGGUGACCCUCGGGCUGGACGGAGCGGGGAAAACCACCAUCCUCUUCAAGCUGAAGCAGGACGAGUUCAUGCAGCCGAUCCCGACCAUCGGCUUCAACGUGGAGACCGUGGAAUACAAGAAUCUGAAGUUCACCAUCUGGGACGUUGGUGGGAAACACAAGCUCAGGCCCCUGUGGAAGCACUACUACCUGAACACGCAGGCGGUGGUGUUUGUGAUUGACAGCUGCCACCGGGACCGGCUGAUGGAGGCCCACAGCGAGCUCGCCAAACUGCUGACGGAGAAGGAGCUGCGAGACGCCCUGCUGCUCAUCUUUGCAAACAAACAGGACGUCCCCGGCGUGGUGUCGGUGGAGGAGAUGACGGAGCUGCUGAGCCUCCACAAGCUGUGCUGCGGGCGGAGCUGGCACAUCCAGGGCUGCGACGCGCGCAGCGGGGUGGGGCUCCACGAGGGGCUGGACUGGCUCUCCAGGCAGCUGGUGGCCGCCGGCGUGCUGGACGUGGCCUAACAGGAAGUGGAUCAAGGGGCGCCGCCCGGCCCCCUUUUAUAGACUCGAUGUGGGCAAAGACAACAGAGCUGUAAAUACUACCUGUAACUUCACCCAAAAUACAAAUAAAUAACCUGAGAAAUAAACCUGAGUUAAGACUUAAA